UGCAUAGCGCCACUGGCGCUUAACAGUGAGGAAGGAUCCGUGUGCUGUGUUUGUGGAGACAAAAUUCCCUUCCUGAAUAAACUGAUAGAGCACUUUAAAACGCACAAAGCCGAGGUGUAUUGCUACCUGUGUUGGACAAAGUUUGGACGUGUAAUGUCGCUUGGCGUUACACUUAAAAAAUGCCCAUCCAAAGCAAAGAUUUGUGUGUGGAAUCUGUGGUGCUCUCUUUAGGUGCACGUGGCAUCUGAAUGGACAUAUGGAAAAGCAUCAGAAAGACACCAUGGAGGUAAAACAUGUGGUGAAAAUGGAAGAGACAGAUGAAAUCGGCAUCAAAGAGGCCAUAAAAUACACUGAUAUGAGAAAAAACACCUUGAGGGAUCAUUCAUAUUGUGUCUCAGAGCAAGUAGCUUCGAAUGACACUUGCAAUGCCACCCAGAAAUGCAUCGACAAUGAUGACAAUGACAAUCAAGCCUCACACAUCAAAACAGAAACCGAAAGAUUUGCUUUUAUUGAUAAACAAAACGACACCUUCAGCUUUUCCUUAUGCCCCUUGAGUCAAUCAGAGCAAGAGCAUCUAAGCUUUAGACUGAAGGAAGAGAAUGAUAUUGAGGAUGGACUCGGAGAAACUGCAGCUUGUGAGGUGGCUGCAGAAGAGGAAAUUGGACUGACGGAGGAUGACGAAAGUACCGACACUGACGACGAGGUAAAUCCUGACUCACUACCCCCUGGUGACACGGUGUACAUCCCGGAUGUGGACUUGAGUUCAGACCCUGAUGACAGUGACUCAAGAAGCAGCUCAUACGACCGUCACCGAAAGAAAAAGAGACGGAAAAAACAGACUCCCGACAAGAAAAGACCUGCAAAUAGGAGUCUAGAGUCAGUCGACAUUGCAGAGAAAUUUGGGUUUCAGUCCGAUUCUCCCUUUUGCUGCUAUGGCAAAUUUGCUCAUUUGGAGAAGCACAUGGACGAUUGCAGGAACAAACUGAGGCUUGCUUGUUGCCUGUGCAGCAUGGUAUGUGAGAGUGAAGAGUUGCUGCUAAAGCACAUGACCGAGAAACACCCCUCAGCUGGGUAUAUCUGUGCAUACUGCCACAAUGUUUUCCUUAGACAGAACAGUUUCAAAAACCAUGUCUGUUUGAGAAGACCAACAGGCAGCAUGAACUUGCCGGCCACCCCGGUAACCCAGUUACCUGUCGUGCCUUUAUCCGACAGCAGCGUUCAAGUAAGAACUUCUGCCCCUGCUUUGUACACCAAUCAAAACACCAUUAAAAUUAUCAAAAUAACUCAGACAGUGAACAAAGUUUCCACAGCCCCUGAUCCUACACCUGCGGUGACCACCUUGGGAUCAGCCGAAGCUUUAACGCUGCACCAAUUGCUUCAGGCAACUCCUGUGAUUCCUGCUAAGGUGACUGAUUUGGUUCCACAAGUUGUGGCAGUGCCGCAAACUCUUGUCAGGCCCCAUUUCCCUCCGAUUUCUUGUUUCCCUCGCCCGAAAGUUCCUGUCCAUUUAUCUUCGGUAGUGCGUCCCUUGAUCCCAAAUCUGGCCAGGAUGACUCUUCGUAUCCCUACCCCUUCCAAUCCACCUCUUCCAACUCAAGUAGUUGUAUCCUUCUCACCCACUGUGAACGUCUUUGCAACCGGGCUAGUAUCAGCCAACAGGCCUGUUCUGAGACAAAUGCCUCCGGCUAAUAUUAGACCCCUACCUGCAAACAUCCCACUGAUGACCUCGGUCACUUGUCCUACCCUGGUCAGCACUCUUAUUGGGAACAACCAGCCACAGAUCCCUCUUGCCCAGGUUAAGGCUCCGUUACAAAUAGUGGCCAUGUUUGUGAACCGAAACAGGGAUUUGGCUCUGCAGAAGCGACUCAAGCAGAGUUGGCGCUCAAAGACCAUCUUCCCCUGCCGUCAAUGCGGUGCCGUCUCGAGACAACCAUCGCUGAGGGUGCGUCAUCGCUACUUACACCGCGGGUCAAGGUUGUACAGAUGUCAGUGCGGAAGGUCGUUCCAAAGGCAGCUGCAUUUGCUGAGACACCAGGUUCAGCAUGCGGAGUCAGUCCGAUUUGUUUGUGCACGGUGCGGAAAUACAUUUGAAGGGGCGCAUAAAUUGACCUGGCAUAAACAGAAGCAUAGAAAUGGCAGGCGGUGUGCGAAGAAGAAAUGCAAGGUGGCUUUUGACUGUAGCUGUGGACAGAUGUUUACAAGGCCAUCUGCACUGUUGUGGCACAUGCUUAAAAAUUCAAAUCUUUCGAAACACACUCGAAAAAACUCACAAUCUGUCUCGGUUUGAAUUAUUUGUGUAAAUGAAUCACACAUAAGAUUGAAAACUCACCUUUCAAUCGACUGGGUCAAUUAACUGCCCUAAUUGGUCUUUGUACAGUGUUUGUAUUAUGUGGUCAGCGGUGAUGUGAUCUGAUUUUUUUUUGUAGACUGAAGACUUUGAAAUUUAAAAACUAAAGUCUAUAGCCGUAAUAGCACAAAUAGUAACAUUUUAACCCCAAAGAUAAGUUUUGUUUCAGAGAAAUGUGAUGUGAGCAUUGGUAUAAUUUAUCUUUAUAAUUUAUAUAAAUAGAUUUUUGUUCUCCGUCAUAAGAUGGA